AGGAACCUGUGGUAUCGUCUUUUGCACAACAAAAUCUCCAGCAAGACAAUUAUCGCCUCCAUCCUGCAAUUACCAGAUGAUAAGUGUGUAUUUUGUGAUUUACCGCAAACUCCAGAGCACAUGUUGUUUACAUGCAUGACUAACAACGAUAUAUGGCUAAAUGCUAUCAAUUUAUAUUUCAAACACUCAUCUCGCUUCUCUCUUCCACAGCUAUAUCUGGACGUAAUUGCUUUGAACGUUGAUCAUUACCAACCAUGA